AUGGCACUAUUGCAAUCAUUAUCCACACCACCAGUAUUGUUAUCGCUUGGUGUCGUGGGUGCUUCUGCAGUUUAUUGGGGUAGAAAAUUCUUCCUUGGUACUUACUGCCCCGAUCACUUAAAACAAGGAAACUUGAAAGGACAAGUUGUGCUAGUGACUGGAGCUAGUAAAGGAGGGAUUGGAUAUGAAACUGUCAAGGCAUUGUAUUUAAUGGGAGCUACUGUUGUGAUGGCCGUCAGAGAUGUUUCCAGAAGUGAAAAAGAAAAGAAAGAAUUAGAAAUUGAAAGUGAAAGUUCAACAGUCAAAGGUCAAUUAAUUGUAAUGAAAGUUGAACUAGAUGAUUUGGAAUCUGUGAGAGAAUUUUCAAAAGAAUUCCUAUCCAAAUUCGAUAGAUUAGAUAUUCUAGUCAAUAAUGCAGGAAUUGGUGGAAUGACAGGUAUUUCCAAACAAGGAAUUGAAAUUGCAUUUUCAGUGAACCAUCUCUCUCACUUUUUAAUAGUUCAUUAUUUGAGACAACUCAUUAUUGAUACCAGUAUUAAAUAUUCAAAGGAAUGCAAGAUUAUUAAUGUGAGCAGUAUGGCACAUGCUUAUGCCAAGAGUUUGAAGUUUACAAAAGAUGAAAUUUCAAUGAGUGAUACUUCAGUGAAUGCUUAUGGACAAUCAAAGCUUUGUAAUGUUUUGUUUACAAAGUCAUUGGCUAGACAGUUGGAAAAUACUAAAAUUGGAUGCUAUUGUCUUCAUCCAGGUGCUGUGAAUACCAAUGUGUUUAGACAUUUACCAUAUUAUGUUUCACUUGUGUUGAAUGGAUUGAAAUGGUACUUUUUCAAAACACCUGAAAGUGGAGCCCAAACUCAAAUCUAUCUUGCUUUGGAAAAGAUGGAAAAACUCUCAUCUGGAUCUUAUUAUGAUGAUUGUAAGAAAGCAAAUGAAUAUGAAUUAUCAAAGAGUGUUGAACUUCAAGAUCAAUUGUGGAAUUUGAGUGAAGAAUUGAUCAAGGAUUUUAUUUAA